AGAUGGAAUAUGGGAGUAGCUGUUCUACAGAGCUAUCCAGUUCCUUCAGAUAAGACCGGACAGCAAGUAAUUGAAACUUUGACCAGGCGGAUUAUGAACUUAGGUGCUUCUCCUGCUGGUCAGUUUGUUGUUGAUUGUGAAGUGUACAACAGUUUACCACACCUAGGACAGAACAAGAACCUCUAUAUUCUUCAUAACAGUGAGUACCCUGCCACCGUGUUCUCCGUGAUCGAGUCCCAGAAUAAGACCGUGAGCAUCACCACCGACUCACUCUUCGACCUGCUUAUGCUUAAACUCAGUACAGGGAACCAGUACUACUCUAAGAAGAUUAAAAUUGAAUCAAAAGGCCCGAGGUUUGAGAUCAAGGAUUUCCUAGUGAAGCUUGGCAGCGUGACUAUUGGUGGAACUGUAAAGGGUAUCCUAGUGGAAGUGGAUUAUCUACCUGGGAUUAUACCUGGAACCUGCUGGGGACUCUUAGCUGAGUUUAUGCAGGGUUUUCUGGGGAGCUGUGUAUCGGUAGUCCCUCCAGCAUAUAUCAAGAGCAAAGCAACUGAAGCAUUCUCACCAGUUGACACAGUUCAACAGUAUUUAGAGCAGUUCAAUCUGGCUAGGAAAAACACACGUUAAACUACGCAGUAGUUUAUCUGUUA